UGAGAGGAGAAAGUAAGUAAAUUAACUUGGUAGUCGGGAUGUUUGUGAAUUGCAGGAGGGAUGGCAGCAUCUUUUGGGCUUCCUUUUACAAAUGCACAGUGGAAAGAGUUAGAGAGACAGGCUAGGAUAUAUGAGUACUUGAUGUCCUCUAUUCCUGUGCCUCCACAUCUUCUGAUUCCUACUUCAAUAGAUCUUAACUCAGACCUAGCUCCACGCCAAUCUUCUUUUUGUACUGGUCAGAAUCUAAAGUUCACAAAUGGAGCAGAUCUAGAACCAGGGAGGUGCAGGAGAACAGACGGGAAGAAAUGGAGGUGCUCAAGAAAUGUAGCUCCUGACCAAAAGUACUGUGAGCGUCACAUGCAUGGAGCUCGUCCCCGUUCAAGAAAGCCUGUGGAACUCCAAGCCAGCAGGGAGACUAACACUAAUAACAAGAAGAGGACUCGUUAUAAUCCUGCUAUUUCUGCAGAAUCUCCAUUUCCUGCUAUUAUUUCUGACAAGAACGGUGUUUCUUCUCAAUUUGUUAGUACUGUUUCGCCUCCUUACCUCCAGGCUCCUGUUUUUCUUGAAAACCCCAUUGACAAGGUUACAAGUUGUGAUGCAUCUCUGGCCUUUGCUUCAACAUUCAAGGAACCCAGGAGUUUGGAGAGAAUGAUAAAAGGAGAAACUGCUGAUGAACAAUGGCACUGUGUAGUAAAGCAAACAGAUAUUGGAAGAGAGACUUUGAACUGGAACUCCUUUGGAAAUUUCAGCGCGGGAGAAGAUCAACAGAGCAACCCGUGCAUGUUUCUUAGCGAGACACCUAAGGGUUUCAUCGAUGCAUGGUCUAAUGGAGCAUUAAACAACACAGGUUCUGCUGUUUUCUCAACUGGGAAACUUUCACCCUCCUCCCUAUAUCUAUCCACGGAAGGAGUUGACUGGUCAGAUUACGAAAUGGGUCAAAUCCAAAUGGGGUUAGGCCCGACGGAACCGGAUCAAAAUCGUGAAUGUUGUGCCAAAUAUCUGGCCUUGGCCUCUGCUUCUUGGACAGGGGCCACACCAGGUGGUCCUCUGGCUGAAGUCAUACAACUGGGCGGGGGAAACAGCUCAGCUGAGAAUGGCGAUUCUGAAGAGCCUCCAGCAAUUGCAUUAUCUUCACUAUCUGGGGUUCUGCAGAGAACGCUUACUUCAUUUUUCGAUAUCAGUCGUAAUAGCAGCAAAAAGCUGGCGAGUUCUGUAAGGGCCAAAUUUGAGAUUGGAUUGCUGCGGUUGGAUUAAGGCAAAUGGUUAGAUUCUUACCUUAUAGAUAGAUUGCAUGUAUUUUUGGUUUUGGAUUUGUUUAUAACUCGUUAUCAUUUAAAUGUUCAAUGAUUUUGAUUUCAUUUUGGUUUCGUAAGCUUGGAAGCAAGUUUUGUUCUUCUGCAACGUGGUAAUUCAACGAGAUCUAUGUAAAGAUGUUU